AAAGUUCUCUGCAUAUCAAGGUUUCAACCAAAAAACAAAAAAAAAUGACAACAUACGGAACCAUUCCAGCAGAGCUGCCACGGCCGUCGUUGAGCAUGAUUCUCCAAGCACGAGAACAGAUCGGUUCCAUUGUCGGGUCGCGACGAAAAUGGGAAGACAUGAUCAAGAUCCAUGCCUUAAAUUUACCCCCCAACGUAAAUGAAGCCGCCCGACGAAUCCAAACCAACGUCGUGUUCUUCAAGACGAACUACGUGAUCGUGGUCGCCCUUCUUCUAUUCCUCACCCUGCUCUUGCAUCCCGUCUCGCUGAUCAUCAUCGCUAUCAUAGCGGGGGCUUGGCUUUUGCAGUACUUUCUGCGCGACAAUCCGCUUUUGAUUUACGGCUUUGUGAUCGAUCGUAGCACGAUCAUCACGGUCCUGACGUUGUUUACCAUCGCCAUGGUUUUUCUAACCGACUUGAUGAAUAAUAUCAUGACCGGCGUUUUCUUCGGAUUGACGGUUGUUUUGCUUCAUGGAUUGUUCAGAACUGUUGAUGAUUUGGCUGCCGGAGAUGAGAAAGGGGUAAAUGGAUCACAAUGUUAGUGCACUGUUUGUGGUGGUAGCCACCGCCACU